UGGUCAGAGGAAGGCAGCCUCGUUUAUCAUGCGUCCCUCUCACGUGUUGCUGCGACCCAGUUGGUACCGUCUUGCUAAUUGGUAGGCAAGAAGAAGUCGUUGGUUGCUCCUUACUUAUUCCCUCGACCCAAGUCACGGCACCCGAAGUGUUCAAACCGACCAAGCUACUGAGUUCGUCCCCGAACCGAUCUAGGUGAGAACUCAACGUUUCGCCGUGUAUUCGUAUAUUUACUUUAUGGGUCAGAGUACUAGAUUACCGACUAUACAAGUCAUAGUCAACACCGUCUGUUUUAGACCCGUGCUUGCGAAGUAGGACAAGCACUAAGUUUUCUGAUCCAAAGAAAGCAUGAGGCUCAUCAACGUUAAUACUCUCCAGUUGGAGGAAUUUUUUGAUGACGAGACGUCUCAUUACACGAUUCUCUCUCAUACUUGGGAAAGAGAUGAGGUCACGUUUCAAGAUCUCUGCUGGCUCCACGAAUACGAGGAAAACAUCGAAGCCUUUGCUUCUGUCGAAGCCCUAAUGGCGUCGGCUACGAUGAACUCGGCCAAAAAAGCCAAAGACUUACGACAACGGUCCGGAUUCCACAAGAUUGUCCAGAGCGCACGCCUUACAAAAGAACAUUUGUUACAAUAUGUCUGGGUCGACACAUGCUGUAUAGACAAGAGCAGCAGUGCUGAACUUUCUGAAGCCAUCAACUCCAUGUUCCGAUGGUACCAAGAGGCGCGAAUUUGUUUUGUGUUUCUGUCAGAUUUCCAGCCAUCAGAUGUUACGAACGCCCCCUUAGACUUCGCACAGUGCAGAUGGUUUACUAGGGGGUGGACACUGCAAGAGCUCUUGGCCCCAAGACACAUGUACUUCUAUAACCAGGAGUGGAAGCUCGUGGGAGACAAAGACUCCUUGCGAUAUGAGAUGUCAGAAAUCACUGGCAUACCGAGGGCUAUUUUGGCACAUGAUCAUUCGUUCCAAGAUGUCUGCCUGGCACAGAGAAUGUCGUGGGCAAGUAGAAGACAGACUUCACGUAAAGAAGAUAUGGCGUACUGUCUCCUUGGUCUUUUCGACAUCAAUAUACCCCUUCUUUACGGAGAGGGCGACAUGGCGUUCGUACGUCUGCAGCAGGAGAUCAUUAAGGAAACAACUGACCAAAGUCUACUGGCCUCUUGGGGUCUCGGAAAUUCUCUCAGCACCCGAGGACAUUUCUUUGCAACAUCACCGGCUGCAAUGACGAGAGCUGCUUCAUUUUACACUGACAAUAUCACAGAAAUGUCCUCUUCGGAGUUUCGAAUGACCAACAGGGGCUUCCGAAUCAACCUAUCUCUUCUCCUGCUGUCUGAGUUUGAGAGCGGAUCGCAUAACGCGCCCAACUGCUACUAUGCGCUGUUGAAUGCUCUUGACGAUCAAGAUCGCAGGAUAUGUCUUCCUCUGUUUUUAAACAACUCUCCUUCGGGCGACGAGUUUGUCAGGUCUCCCUCUGGGCCAGUCGCGCUCUCGGAAACUAGCCUCAAUAGCCUGGGAGAGGCCACCUAUGAGGAGCUGGUCAUCGUGCGAGAGCCUUCAUGGGAGCGACCACUGGCCGCUGGCGCCUGGCAAAUAUCUAUCACGAACCCCCCCGUGAGCGACUAUCUCUUCGCCCCUCCCAUAAACAUUGUCGAAACAUUUCCUCCGAUGAUGUCUUCGAAGCAUGAGAAAGGCACAUUUACCACUGUCAUUGCCAUGCCACCGCCUGCCAAUGUUCCAGGGAGCCCUCAUGAUAAGCCUUGGCAAUUCUUCCUGCGUUGCAGCUAUCCGGACCCAGCUGGCGAACGAGAUUUCGCUUUGGUCUUCGAUCUACCUUCGAGACAAGGGGCACCUAGGGGGCCCUUACAACCGUACGUGAUCGAUUGGAGAAAAUUUCAUUCUGUGCUACGGAAGGAUGAUGAGGGCAUGAGCCAGGAAGGUCCGUACACGUCUCUGGCCGAUGCCAUUCUCUCUGGCGCCCGCUUCCACGGUCUGGAAUACGCUGAAAAGCAAGCCCGAUCUAAAAACAGCUAAAUUUCUUUUCAAUGAGCUGUCCUCCCUCUACCUUAUUUUUUCCAGCUUUCCAACAACGGCGGUCGCAGAGACAAGCAUGGUGAUGGUGUUCAGAACAGCAGUGAGGAUGGGAAUGGUGCUAAGAGUUAGGCUUUGGGUUUUCUGUCAGUGAGUGGCGGUUGCUGGUG